AUGGGCCUCUUCAAGUCGGCGAACCCAACCCCCGCCCCAGGCGUCCUGCCUCGAUCUCUGACGGGCCAGUCCAUUCGCGGCAAGAUAUCAGGCCCGAUUCCCAUCCCCAGCCCCUCCGACGACGAGUUCCCCAUGCGCAACCCCGGCACCGGUAUCGCCACGCCUUUGGCCGGCGGCGACAUGAAGGAACAGCAGUUGCAUCCUCCGCAGGCCGAGCCUAGGGCCGGAUCAAUUGUCUCAGUCGUCCAGCCCGAAGUGUCACAGGCGCCUAGGACGGAGUCGGUGGUUGCUCCCACAGGAUCCGCCGCCUCUGGCUCAACGUCACCUCCGACGUCUAGCGCACAUGCCAAUUCGCCCCAGUCGCAGAGGAGAACAAAUGGCUCCAGCAAUUUGCGCUAUUCGGCAGUGAGCGCAUCGUCGGUGCAAACUGGCGGGAGCCGCGACCGGCCUCAGCGCAAAAAGUCGACUUUGCGCGGUGCACUUGGCAAACUUUUCGGUCGCAAAAAGAAGACGGCUAGUCAAGGUCCAACCGAUUCGCAACGCAUAUCGACUUACAACACUUCGAACCAACACAAGAGCGACAUGUCCGCCUUAAGCCGAGUCAACGAAGCCGAACCAAAGCGAUCGGCAUCUUUGCCGAUCACCGAGUACGACAGAGCAUUAAGAUCUCACUCCAUUGGGCCUCACGACAUUACUGCCAUUGAAAGCGCACGUAAUUCGAUCAAUGUCGACCUAUCUGUGCUGGGCCACAGGAGGGCUGCGACCGCCACUACAAGCCAGAUAUACUCGGCGCCGUUCAGAAAUCGCGAAAGCGAAUUCGCGGGUCUUUCACCCCGUCCAGCAAGCACCCACGUACGUGGAAGUCGACUGUUUGCCGAUGACGAUAACCCCGAAGAAAUCGGGCGGGCAAUCACCAGCGACGUCGGCCAAAAGCGACGCUCCAGGAGUCUCAGCGGUCUCCAGAAUCCCGAGGUUCGUGCUGAUCUCCGACGCAGAAGUGACGAAAUCCGCUAUUGGAGACAAAGUUAUGGCCCAGCUUUCGUUGCAUCCCCGGCAUCAUCCAAUCCUCCCGACCACGAACACCACUUCCCAGGCGCGGUCUCUGUGGACGGGCCAGACUCACCAGUGGAGCACGAGCAGCACCAGGUGCAUACGCCGCCUCAGCCGUUCUCUUUUGGUAACCUGACUCACAUGAAUGUCAUGGCCGGGAUGAAGAUCACGCAGGCAGCCAGUAUAGAGACACGAAUAGACACCCUCGAAGAGAGGAUGCACCGCGUCGAAGAUGUUGUAACGCAGCUCUGUAACUCCGUUCCUGGCUUCCAGGUGCACUUCAAACCGCCGCGGCGUCCUGCACCCUCUGUUCCAGGGUCUGUUCCGUCCUCUCAGACGACGAACACAGCGGUCAAUCCCACGCUCCAGCAGUUGUCGCGUCAGGAUGCACCCGCAUCCCGGUACAGCAGCUCUGCGCACUCGAAAGAAUCCCGCACUUCAUUCGGCGAGACACCAACAUACGUCGGUUCUAUGCAGUUCCCUGCGCCCUUAAACAGACCGAUGUCGAAUUCUACUAUCCGAGGCGUCACCAGCUUGCCUGCGAUAUCACACAUUGAGUCGAACAGAACGACGGGGACGUUCACGGCAGAUCAUUACACGACGCUUCUCGCGCUUCUAGAGACGGAAAGAACCUCUAGACAAGCCCUCGAGUCUCAAGUGAAGAAGUUGACCAGGCGCCUAAACAUGAUUUCCGGACCCACCGGCCAUGGUCGCAUGUCUUUGCAAAUGGAGCCGCCGCCAACGGCCAAAUCCUUCGGCAGCGUGUCGGCCUUCGACCAGGACUCGUCCGAUGACGAAGGUUUAUCCAGAAACCGACGGUUCAUGGCCGAAGACUCGGGUGUCGGAACUGGUCCUGGAGACGAGGAUUCAUACUCGGAAGUGUUUGCGACGCCAAGGGAAGAACAGCCAUACGGUUAUGGCGCCUUUGGCGAGGAACUACGCGACGAGGACGAAGAUCCCCAACGAAAGAAGGCAGCCCGGACCUUGUCUUUGAGCCAAAUGACUUUGGGCAAGAAGCCCUCCAGGACGGCAGUGCGAAUUUGA